AUGACAACCUCUAGCGCUGUGGAAGAUGAGCUGCUUACAGACUCUGAUUUAUCAGAUGAUGAAGCGCGUGUUGUGGAGCUGAAGCCGGAGGAGUUGCGGCCAGCGACACCGCGCCCUUCAUACACUGAUGAGGAGUUGAAUCAACUGAUGGAGUAUGUGCAGCGAAUGACGAUAUUGCAGACUUUGGAUCAACGCGAUUGGAAUGAACAAGCCUUGGACACAAUACGUCGUUGGCUAGAAGUGGACAUAAGCGAACCGUUGCUAAGCAUUUACUAUGAAGGAAAUACGCUUAGCGCUACUUUAGGCUUGCCGCCAGUGCCAGUGCAGGACCUAAGUUACUUUCUGCGCGCGACACACAAUGAAAUAUUCACUGUGGACGGAUUUCAUGAUGAGGUACACUUUGGCACACUGCACAGCGACGUGGACAGCUGUCUGCUGCACUUGCUCGAACGUUUAUACGCGCCCAGCUUUCAAAGCUUUAAAGCCUGGAAUGCAACAGUGCGCGAACGCUUCUGCGUGAGCUUAAACAAAUUCCUAACGCUGCUGACCUGCAUGAAUAGCAAACUGGCAGGCAUGGCAGUGCUUCAUGUACCGUAUGUUCAUCACGAGCUGGACGCGCCGGAUAGCUUGGUCUGUGAUCGAGCGCUCGUUAGCAAACUGGAACGCGUUGCUGUCUAUUGGGCAACCCAGUUGCGCACUUUAUUAGGCGAUAGCAAUUUAGUUGCGCCCAAUGAGCUGGCAACCAUUCAGGAUGAGUACGAGUUUUGGGAAUAUCGCUUUGAGGUAUUGCAGGGACUUAACUCGCAGUUGGCGCAGCUGGAUGUGCAACGCUUGCUACAAGUCUUGCGCCAAUGGAACUCGGUGCAUAUGCCACAGCUAGAUGCGCUGGUUAAAGCGGCACAACUGGAGCAGGCUUUGGCAUGGGAUAAUCUCAAGUAUUUGCAAUUGUUGUUAGAGCCUUGCGCGCGCAUUGAGCAGGUCGCAAGUCCAGCGGACGUGUCGGCACUAAUGCCAAAGAUAUUGCAUGUGCUGCGUUUCAUUUGGCAGCACUCAUCGUAUUAUAAGAUUGGCGAGCGCAUCACAGGACUCUUUAGCAAGCUCAGCAAUCAGCUUAUAAAGUAUUGUACGCAAAAGCUGCAGCUGGAGAGCAUAUUGAAAGAUUGUCGUCCACGCUUUGGUCUAGAGAUGUGUCAACUCUCGCUGGAUUGUUGUCUGGCGUAUAAGGAACAUGUGCUGCGGAUGCAGUGUGGCUGGCCACUAAAUCAAGGCAUUGUCUUCAAUCAUGUUGUAGCGUUUAUGGAGCGUUUGCGUAGUCUACUGGACAUUUGCGAGUCCAUGAUAGUCUACGGGCGUUUAGAUGAGCAACAGGCCAUUGCAGCUCCAAGCUUUGGCGGCACACAAGGCGCGCAGCUGGAGCAGCUGGCUGCUAGCGUGGAGCAGCAGUAUAUGGCAAACUUGGAUCAACUUAGAGCUGGUGCACAGCAGCUGCUCAAUGUGCAUAGUGGCGCUUGGUAUGCACAGCUGGCCAGCUAUCGUGGCCAUAUGCAGCGCUUGGAGCAAACACAGGAGCAGCUGCUGCUGCAAGUGUUUCGUGCUGUGUGCAAUGUGGAGGAGCAGCUGGAGGCGUUGAAUGUGCUUUACUACUACAGCUAUAGCGCCAGACUGCGCAAGACGUAUCUGCGUCAGGUGAGCAAGCUUUGGACGCUCUUUGGUCAGGAUAUGGAUGUUACAGCUAGACAACUGCUGCAGCAGCGCCCACAGCACGAGUCUUGGCUGUCACGCGCCUUGAGCUGUCGCAACAGCUUGGAGCGUUUGUCUUGGCUGCGUCAGCGCCUGCACAGCUGUCACAUCUCCUGGCUGCCGCCUGUGCCCGAAGCUAGCGUGCAGCUGGCCAAAUUUGAGCUGUUGCAUGCGGAGUUUGAGCGUGAGCUGCGUUUGGCUUAUAUGCAAUGGCAAGGGGUCUAUAAUACGCGCAAAAUGGGUCAAGCCAAUCAACAGCUGGAGCAGUAUCUGCUGCUGCGCGUCAAGGGCUUGCUGCAGUGUCAACUGGAUUUGGGACUGCUCUCCAGCUGCUCGCAAGCGCAACACUUUGAGCAUCUUGGCUUUGGCAUUCCGCUGCCACUACGCAAAAUCUAUGAGCGUCAUGAGCUGCUGCUGCUUAUCUACAAUAGUUUGCUCCAGCUUUGUCUCAGCUACAACAGCAUACUCUGCCAUUUGUCGCCAAGAGAGCGAAAACUCUUCAAGCCGCUCAUCACACAAUGCGAUCGUCAGCUGGCGCCCGCUCUCUUCAGGCACACAUUUGCCGCUGUGCUCGAGUGCCAGGACAACUACCAGCUAUGGCUUCAAGAUGCUCUGCUGGAAAUUGAGCAGUUGCGUUUGAGCGUUCAGCUGUACAAGCGCGCCAAUCGCCAAAUUGCGCUGCAUUGUGAACAGAUUUGUGACACGCGUCUGUUGGAUUUCAAUUUCAGUGGUGCUGUCGACAUUGCAGUCUUUGAGCAACAGCUCUCCAACUGGCUAAGCCGUGCCAGCAAAUCAUUGCGUCAGCACUACAACAACAUUGUGGAACUAAUGCUUGCCGUUUCAUGGGAGUUUGAUGAAUUUAAGGAUGAGCUCUGCAGCGAGUGGCCGCAAUAUGUGAACGUGUUUGAUGAUAUGCUGGGCAGCGCUUUCUUGUGCUGCAUGCGCACUUCCUUGAUGCUGCUGCUGGCGGCGCUGCGGCUGGAUGAGCAUAUGGCGCCGGCGCCUGUGCUGGUUACGGAAUCGGAUGUGCGCGAGGGACAAAUAGUGUUGACACCCGAUAUGGAAAGCAUAGCAGACGUGCUGCUUGGCAUUAUUGAUCGCAUGUACAGUCUGGUGGAUCAGCUACCGCGUUUGGGUUACAAGCUGAAGCUGCCAAAGGAACAGCAGCGCUCAGGCUUUGCCAAAGUGUUUCGUGAGGAUGCAGAGUGUCUGCAGCUGGUGCGCGGCAUUGAGCUGGAGCUGGACACGCAGCGUAGCGAUAUAGAGCAGUAUGUGCAGCAUUGGCAACAGCAUCAGGCGCUGUGGCAGCUCUCUGAGGAGACUUUCACGCAGCGACUGAUGACCAGUGCCAAGACUGCGCGCAUCUUCGAGGCCAGCAUUGAGCAAUACAGCGCGCUGGCGGAUGAAAUCUGUUUUGUGAAUGCCAUCGCACAUGUUCACUUUGUUUUGAUUAAUCAGAAUGCUAUAAAGAGCACGCUGCUGGAUUGGAUUGAAAAAUGGCAGGCGUUGAAUAUCAAAUUGUUGCUGCAACAUGCCACAUACCUCAUGCAAUCAAUCUAUCGUUAUAUGCAGCGAAAUGAGCGUAAGGUGUUGCAAGUGCCGCGCACCCUUCGCGAAUCUCUGCUGGCCAAGCAGCUAUACGAGCGUCUGCUGCUGGAUUUGCCACUCAUGCAGCAGCGCUGUGUGCCCAUGAUGGAACUAUUUGUACUGCUGCAUAAAUACCAUGUGGGCAUGUCGGAUGAGACGCAGCAACAGGUCAUAGAGCUGGAGUCCAGCUGGCUGCACUAUUUGCAAACGCUGGCCGAGGCUGAGGAGCUGCUGGACACUGAGGAAACGGAGGAUCAUAAGCAGUUGCUAUUGCAACAUGCUGAAAAGUUUAAGCAAUUGUUGAAACAAUUCCAUGAGGACUUUUACUCGAAGCUGCCCAAGAAAUAA